AGAACAAAAGUGCAAAGAGAACCCCAAAAUUAAUUAAUUUAUUAAGCCAAAAAAAAAAAGAAGCAAACAUAAGAAACAAACAAUCCUUCAUUGCUCUCUCUCACGAGUCACGACUCCCGACUCCCUCGUCAAUAAACACCGAAUUAACAAUCACCCACAACGCAAUUUUUCGUUCACCUCCACAACCUAAUUAAUCAAGCUUCUUCCAUGGAAGCCUCCCUCUGCCGCCGCACGCCCCAUUGCCCUGCACUGCGCCCGCACGGCCUCGCCGCGCUCCGCCGCCGCGCAGCGGCGGUGCGCGCCGAGGCGACGCCGCCCCCGGCGGAGGAGGGCGAAGCCGCAGGCUCCGGCGCCGCGCCGCGGCGGCGGAGGCCGCCGCACAGGGCGGCGGCGGUGAGCGCGGGGGUGGUGGUGCUAACGUGCGCCGCCGUGGGCGCGGCGUGCCUGAGGGGCUGGGGCGGCGGGGGCGGCGGCUGCGCGGCGGUGGCUGCUGCUCGCGCGCUGCAGGCUCCGGGGGGGCGCGGGGGGGCCCCGGCGGCGGAGUGGAGGCAGGAGUCGGGGAGGGCGACGCAGCGGACGCUGGACGUGCUGACGGAGAUCCUGCUGAAGCGGCCGGCGGGGCCGACGGAGGCGGGCGGGGGGAGGGUGGGGGUGCUGCCGGAGCGCGUGUACGCGGAGAUCUACAAGGAGUUGAUGCCGUACAGCUGGAGGUCGGACGAAAAGAAGACGUACACCUUGGCCGACCUCCUCUACGAGGAGCUCACUAAGGGGGACUACACACCGGUGGAUAGGGCUGAUGGAGCCCAAAGGUUAACUAGUAUGCUAUACAAAUUAUGGUCAGCAACAGAAGAGAAGGAACGAAAAUAUGACAUAGGGUUGGUACUAACCCUUGUGCUGAUCAAUCAGAAAGACUAUCACAAGGCCAAAGAGAUUUGCCAGCAGAUAAUGAGUUCUCGGCUCAUUCCCCCACGCGACGGGAGGCCCUAUCUUCACUUGGCUAUAAUAAACAUGAUGUUAGCGGUGGAGGGCAUGCUAUCUCCUGACACUACAAGUGUAGAUGAGAUAGAGAAGAUGAUAAAGUCUGGCGUAGACGCAUGGAAAGAGUUCAAAAAUAAGCAAGAGUUGCGUACCGACUAACAGGAAGAAGUUCGAUGAGAAGCAAUGCUAACAAAGAAACCUUUACUACAGGCUUGUCAGAUUCGUUAAAUUUGAUCGUAUUUAGCCAGUGAGUCAUGACCUUAUACAAUAAAUGCAUUUUUCAAUAUCAAAAUCCUCUUUCAAAUACAUAUAAAAGUGUUUUGUUGUUUUCAUUCUUGAAGUACAAGUCUCUGUUGACGUUUGAUUUAUUAGUAUUUCUGUAUGUGGAAAACACUAAAUUCUCCAAAUCAUCAUUCAUUGUAUCAAGAUCUGUUCUCACUUCA